CAGUGCUCGCGAGGCGCUCGCUGUCUGCAUCAUCUCUCUAUAAACAAACAACCAACUCGAAACGACGCCGAAAGGUGGAGCCGCUGCGCCGACAACUGUCAAAAGACCCUUCCUGAUAAGACGAGCCCUUCCGUCCUCAAAGCAUCUCGUCGUAGCGUGCUCGAAUCCGUUAUAAACUGAAGUGAGUACUGCGUAUCUCACGAGUGUACGACGUCUCGGUCUCUAUUCCGUUAUUGCGUAGCGGCUUCGGAUGAGCAGGUUUUGACAGACUGCAUGUCUUCCUGGAGACCUACUGAGAAGAGAUGUCAAGGCGAAGCACAAGGGUAGUGUACAAAGGGCCGUCGUCCGUCCCUGAUGAUGACGCAGCCAGCACGAGCUCCACUGGAUCCACCGGUCGCAUAUCUUAUAAAGAGAGCCCAAUCAGGAUCUUCAAGAAGAGGACCGGGCGCAAGAGCGCAGGCAGUGUUUCCCGCAGUUCAAGUCGCGCAAGCAGCGUGAGUCAGACGCUUUCUAGACAGCGCAGUGAGAAUGGCAUGUCCUUUGCUACUCAAGGAUUCUCCUCUGGAUAUUCCUCGACUGAGGACCAUUAUGGACAACCCACAAAAUCAAACCCUAGUUCUACCCAGACUGUAACUGAACCAGCCUUUGACGUGUGGGACGUGUUUCACUCCCCAGCUCAGGCUCUGGUCAUGUUCUACUGGUGGCUGGGAAGUUCAUGGUACAGCCUGACCUCUCGACUGUCUCUGAUCAAUGUGUUUCUGCUCAGCAGAUGCACAGCAGAUAUGAGAAAGGCUAUUCUACUUGUCCUCCUUCUAUUCUUUCUCCUUUUUGGAAUAUGGUGCUGGUUCCCGUUUGCUUCUCGUUCUCCUCCUCAUGAGGUUGUUUCCAGGGCUCCACCAGUUAAACACACAGAUAGACCAGUGAAAGAAGCGUUUGAUGAUCCCCAACAUCAUGCCAGCCUGUCACACUUGAAGGAUGAGAUCGCCAGCUUGCAUGAAAGGGAGGCGAACCUGAUGAGAGACAUCGAACUGCUGAAGAUGCAGAGCAUGCAACAGAAGGUUAAAUCUGAGAUGAUGCAAACUGAUGUGAAGUCUAUGAAUGAUCAAAUAAGGAAUGCUGAGGCUGAACAGAAGCAGCAGAUUUCUAAUCUGAAGUCCAGCAUCUCAAACCUCCAGUCGGCCCAAGACCUCCUCAAGGAAAGAGUUGAUGCACAAGACUCUCUCAACAGCAACCUGAGAGCAGAGCUAUCCGAUUGGCUAAUAAAACACCUGAAAGAUCCAAGCUCAUUGGAGUCAACCAUAGUGCUCCGUCCUGAGCUGCGGAGGGCGCUGGAGGAUCUGGAGAAACGGAUACUAGACAAGCUAGUGCACGAGAAAGAGAGCAGCAGAGACGUCUGGAGGACCGUGGGGGAGACGCUGCAACAGGAAGGAGUUGGAGCCGCCACUAUACAAGAUGUGAAAGCAAUCGUCCACAGGGCAAUCAGUCUGUACAGGGCAGAUGGGAUUGGAAUGGCGGACUAUGCCUUGGAAUCUUCUGGUGCCAGUGUGCUCAACACUCGUUGCUCAGUGACGUAUAAGACCAGAUCUGCAUGUCUGAGUGUAUUCGGCAUUCCUCUGUGGUAUCAUUCAGAAAGCCCUCGGACUGUUAUACAGCCGGAGCUGUAUCCUGGGAAGUGUUGGGCAUUCCAAGGCUCCCAGGGUUUUCUGGUAAUCUCACUGUCUUACCCAGUAAGAAUCACUCAUGUGACACUCGAACACCUUCCCAAAGAGCUCUCACCGACGGGCCGCAUUGACAGCGCACCUAAGGAAUUUGCUGUCUAUGGUAUGUCUGAGGAGACUGAAGACGGAGAGUUGCUCGGGACAUUCACAUAUGACCAGGAUGGAGAGCCCAUUCAGACCUUCAAGCUUCCUGAAGCGUCAGACGUGUACAGCAUGACUGAGCUGAGGAUCUUGAGUAACUGGGGUCAUCUGGAAUACACCUGUGUGUAUCGCUUCAGAGUUCAUGGAGAACCUUCACUUGCCUGAAAGGAAGAGGAUCUGAAAUGAUUCGGCCUCUUCACGAUUUGGUUUAGUCUAUGCAAAAAAAAUGGAAAGCUCAAAUGCACUGAACUCUUACAGAAUGAUUCAGACAGCUUCCUAAUGUACGAAUAUUAAAAAAUGCACUUGAACAUUCAACUAAUAACAGAAUUAAGAUUGUUUGCCCUUUUAAAAAGAUUUCAGUUUACAUUCCUCAAAUAUUGAUAUGAAGUGCUGGUAAGAUUUAUUUUAAUUUUUUAAUUAAAUAUUUUAUGAGAAUAAUUUUUAGUUGUUGAUACAGUUUUGAAUGAACAGUUGUAAUUAACUUUUUUCAUAUGAAGGACAGGCUUAUAUUGUGUGGAACAGUAAAUAUGGUUUACAAAGCCAAAUGAAGGACAAAAAGUGUCAUGCUCAGCUAGAAUUACCAUAAAGCAGCAUUAGUGUUAUUUUGCUCAGCCUUUUGCAUUUGUUUUAUCUUCAAUGUUGAGUUUUGUAAUAAUAGAUAGUUCUGAAAUGUGUUUGUUCACAUCAUCAUUGAACCAUAUACCUCUUAAGAAGCUUAUAAUAGUUGAUUGUUUAUAUGUGUCCAUACAUUACAAUGCUGUUUUCUUUGAGCAGCCGUUCUGAUUGCACUCUGAGACAUUAUUAUUUUCUGCCCUGGGUGAUGAUUAUAGCUGGGUUCUAGAAAUAUCAGACGGUGUACAUCUCCUCUGCGGGACGGGGGAGGACUGGAGUCAAACUCAGGUUUUGGGCAAAGUGCUCGAGCGUCCCAGAUUAUAUAUUUCUCUUGACAUCUAUUUGUAUGUUUGUGCUUAAUAAUGCAGUUUUUGCAGUGUAUUCUCAAAUGCACACUUGAAAGAGAUAUAUAUAUUUGAUUUGUCCUAUUUGAUUUAUUAUUAUUUUAUUUUGGCAUCCUUUUGCAUUUCUCAUCAAGGUUUAUUUGGCAAGUUUACAUGAUGUUUGUGUCACAUUAUUUGAUUUUAUUUUAUAAGAAAUAGGAUUUCAGUAAAUUUGAAAUGGUACAUGGUAUGAUGUGAUACAAAUAUUAAUGCAUGAGGUUUUUUCAUGCAGAGACAUUUUAAUGCAGAAAUAAGAUUUGUUUUAAUACAUUUGAGAUGGUAUAUGAAAUGGUGUAAUACAAAUAUAAAUGCAUGAUAUUUAUUCAUGCAGAAAUAGGAUUUGUUUUAAUAAAUUUGAGAUAGUAUAUGAAAUGGUGUGAUACAAAUAUAAAUGCAUGAUGUUUAUUCAUGCAGAAAUAGAAUUUGUUUUAAUAAAUUUGAGAUGGUACAUGA